CGAGUCCUAAAGUAAUUAAAGUGUCCUUCAAUAUUCAUCUAAGUUUUAUUUCUUUGUUUUUUUUAAAAACCGAAAUUCGGGAAUCCUCAUAACAAUUUGGUGGCAGCGGUGGGAUACCGAUGGUGAAGGUAUCCCUGGGACGUCUCCUUCUGGACUCGUAUUCUAAACUAUUUUAAAGCAUAAAAGUGUCGAAGUGCCAAAAUUAACUCGAACUCAAAUAAAAUAAUAAUAAUUCAAUAUUCAUAUCUAUUUUCGGACAUCCUAAAAUCUGAAUAACUUUUCCCGUGGGUAUUGUGAUUGUGUUCCUGUUUCGUGCCUGAUUCCUGAGAGGGAAAGCCUCUUCAACUUCAACAGACCAAAGAAAUGGUCAUGUUCCAGUACAUUUUCUACGUGUUCCUGUAAGUCUUGAAAACAUUAUAUUUCCCAGCGAAAGUGCAACUCAUCUCUAACAAUUCGAAAACAAGUGCGUGAAAGUGCGUAAACCCAGUGAACUAAACAUAAAGGUUUAUUUUCUUGUGCGCGUUACUAAUUCUAAUUUAUUUUUUGUUUGCAAACUUUAUAUUCUAAAUGUCUCACUGUUAUUGUUAACCAUUACUCGGAAUUAUCACUAUCAAGACAUUCGAUACCGCACUCGCUCUUAUCUAAACCUCACAUUACAGUUGCCGCCUAUUACACCGAACUACAUCUUUAGUGGACGCGUUAUAAAAUUUGUUUAAUAAAAUGUCUCUUAAACUAGAAAAAAAUGAAAAUAUUCAAAUUGGAACUCUAUUUAAAUUUAUAAAAACAUUCGAUGGCACACGUGAAAAAUUGAAUUCAUUUCUAACUAAUUGUGACAACGCAAUUGAUUUAGCUUCUGAUACCCAAAAACCAAUAUUAUUUAAAUAUAUAUUAUCACAAUUAGAAGGCAAAGCCGAAGUAGCUUGCUCCAUUAAAGAAUUCGACUCUUGGGACCAAUUAAAUAGUUUCCUUAAGACACAGUUCGGUGAAAGAAAACACUAUGCCCAUCUUAUGACUGAAUUACGGGAAUGCCAACAACUAAAUGAACCGGUUAACCAAUUCGCAUUACGCCUCGAAACUUGCCUUUCGAAGCUCUUAACAGAAGUAACAUUAUCCAAUAAAAAGAAAAGCGAAUUAGUUGGUCGUAUAGCGGCUAUGGAAGACUUAGCACUCCACACGUUUUUAAUUGGCCUUAAGCCCGAAAUUUCUAAUCUAGUCCGCAGUAGAAACCCAUCCACUCUCAACGAUGCAAUCAAUUUUGCCGUCUCAGAGGAGAAGAUCCUAAAUUCGUAUAAUAAGCGUAAUCCUCAAAGUUCAACAUUACAUCGUAUUGCAUUUAAACCACAAUAUCCUUCUCGUCCUUCAAACCAUGAUGUCAAUUCUAAGCCGCAAAUGGCUAAACAAUAUGACCGAGAUAAUAAAAAUCUAUUCUGUAGGUAUUGUAAAAAUCAAGGUCAUACCAUUGAAACAUGUAGAAAACGCGAGUACAACAAUAAUCGGUUCAAGGCUAAUCCAUCUCCCAAAUAUCAAAAGCAACCUUAUCAGGAGAACUAUAAACCUGCUCGCGUUAAUUGUGUAACCAGUGAAGAUGACUAUUAUAAUCCGGAACCACAACCAUCCACGAGCACAAAUGAUACCCAAUAUGACGAAACCCACGAUUUAAACGAAUAGUGGGCUCACGGAGGUGCCUCGUGAGGCCCAAAAUACGACCUCUCACAAAAUCCUUCCAUGUCAACGGCACCAAUUUACCUAAAUCCAAGGACCACACGGGUAACCAGCCCCAAGCAAGUGUCCAUUCUACUAAAUCCAAGGACCACACGGGUA